UUUUUCUGAAGAUUUCGUGAUCUUUUCUCUCACUAUAACAUCCUAUUAACCUUCUACGUCUUCUGUCCUUAUGAUAUAUCCUUCUACUUUGAGAGUUUAAUUUCCCUUGUUAGUUGGUUUGAGGUAAUUGGCAGGAAGCUUUGGACUUAGGUUUCGUGUCUGUUGGCAUUCGUCAGCAAGGAGAUUAAAAUGCCGUUACCAUCGAACCAUUAGGGUCACGAUUACUUCCUUGUAGGAUUGAACUAGAUUGAACAGUGAGUAUUCACUGGAGAGUAACCAUUCAUCUAUCAAAAUCCACCACAAUGGUGAGACUCCUAGCUUGUUGACCACAUUAUGAAGCACCAGAUAACAUGAAAUUGGUUGCUGUCCACUGACAAAUCAAUGAGUCUAGUUUCUCCUUGUUGACUCAUACUCAGUGUACUCUUGCAACCUAAUUACUUGUUUUUAUUUUCACACCAAGUAACUUCUUCUUCAAUCAUCUACAGAUGUUUAAUCAGACAUGAAUUUCAUUAUUUAUUGACAAUAAGACAUUGAAAAAUGUUGAUCAAGUAAUCAGUUUGUUAGUUAAUUAUUUAGCUCACUAGACUUUUCACAAAUGAGUUUAAAAAUUAUCACGUACCACAUUGAGGUACAAAUGUCUCUUCUGCAUAAUCUUUUAUCAUGUUGUUGAGAAAGAUUUUUAAAUAAAAUCUGUUUUACCACGCUUAUAAUCUCAAUUGAUAAAUUUUGGUAAAUUUUUUUUUUCAAAAAUUAUUGAUGACUUAAAGCUCAAAAGUAAUAUGAUUGGUUAUUUAUAAAAAUUAACUAGAUCACUGAUUGGCUAAUAAGAUUUUCAAUCGACUAGCUUUCGAUCCAUUGAUUUUCCUUGAAAUUAACCAAUCAAAAUAUUCGUGGGUGGGUUUUUUUAACAGUAGCAUAAAGCAUGCAUUCGGCCUCUUUUUGCAAAUGGUCUAACACACACGUGGCAUUAGAUUGUAAACAAAAUAGUGUGCGGAUCCGAUUUUCUUUAAGAAUUACUUGUUGUUAACUUUUACCAGGUUUUCUGGGAUCUGAAAUAUAUAUAGAUAUACAUAUCGAUUUAUUUCUACAGUAAACUAUUCUAAAUAUGGCUGAAUUUCGCAAGUGUUUUGAAAAUUUAGACACUGAGAAAAGAGGAGUGAUUACAAUUGAUGAUUUAAAAACUUAUAUGCGUAAAAUGCAUUAUAAAGAAACUUUCCUUCAUAAAUGGAUUGAACUAUUUGAUCCAGAUCAUAAUGGAUUUAUCACAUAUGAACAAUAUUGUAAAACACUUGGUCUCAUCCCAAGGAAACGAACAAUCAGUAAAAAUUUCACUGAUUCAUCAGCAUCUAUCUCACCGAAACAUGAAGAUUCAAGUGGAAUACUAAUUCACUCUAGUGAUUUGAAAACAAGCAUCAGUAGAUUGGAUCCUUCAGAAGAGCAUCGGACCUCUAAGGAACAAUCAAGUUCUCAUCCAGAUGUAGUUAGCCAGGAACAAGAUUCAUAUAUUUAUACACAAGAAAAUGUUGAAGUUAUUAUCCCUGUAGGACAGAAAUUUUCUAGCCCUUCAAUUUUAGAGAUCACAUCUGAACAAAAUGAUCCAGUUGAGGAUAUUGAAUCAAAUAAUUUAAUUCCCAAGAGUACUACAACUGAAGAGAUGCUGAUCAAUGAAGUGGAGACAAAUUUAGUUUGCCAUGAAAAGAUGACUGGACGAAAACGUAAAUAUGCUGAUGAGAAAUCAGAAUUACUUAUCGGAAAUAACAUUCAUUCCAGCAUAAAUGAUCAAUUACUUGAAAGCGAUUUUAUUCCCAAUGAAGUUACCAAUCAGAUGAUGUCAACUGAAGUAAUCAUUAUGGAUCAAAAUGAGUGUAAUCCCUUAGAACACUUGAAAUCAACUAGUGAAGUUUACUCAUUGCCAGAAAAUUUAAGUCAGCAGAAAUCUCAACAAAUAGAACAACAUAUAUUAUCAAAUGAACAAGUUUUACUAAGUGUUCCACAGAAGAAAUCUGCUAAAAAGUCGAAAAAAAAGCGUAAACAGACAUUAGAAUUAUCUCAACAAGUUGAAGAAAUGAUUGUUGAUGAUCACUUGAAGUCACACGAAAACUCACAUACAAGUAUUACAUGUGAAUUGAUAAAGAAUACUGAUUUACAUGACACAGUUGUCUUGAGUCUGAGAGUUGUGUAACUGUAACUAUGAAAGAAACACUUAUUUCUGAUACACAGUAUCAAAAGGAGGUCAUCGAGAAGAGUGUUAAUGUAUACGAUAGCCAUUUUCAGUCAGACAAACCAGUCAUAACGAAAGUCACCAAAACUUCCAGCAAAAAACACACAGUACCAUUAAACUCUGAUGUUCAGAUAACAAUAGAAGAAGACAACAAAGACUUGAUUCCUUCAAAUGAUGUACCUGUAUCUAAGCCAGGUAUGAGUAUUUCUAUAGAUAGCGGGAAUAGUGAACCGAGUGACUUGAUAUCAUCAUCAUCAUCAUCGUCGUCGUCAGCAGCAGCAGCACCGGCAGGAACACAUUACAAAGCAGACACACCAUCAUGCAAUUCAGGCAGUAGUUCACAGGUAUUUGAAGUUGGCAGUGAAAAUUCAUCACCUACACCAUCCGCUGGUGUUCUGAUUGAAUCAAGUAAAUUAUCCAAUUGGUCUUCUUCUUCUGAGAAAAUAUCUCAGAGAAAUAACAAAACUCAAGAUGAGGAAUUGCAUGAUGAUUCGAUUUCUGAACAGAUGAAAGAUGAUGGACUAAGCAAAAAGGCAGAUAAGAAGAAACAAAACACACAUUUGGAUAAGAUUCCUGAUGAUCCUAUACUUUCUCAGUCUACAGAUCUCAUUGGUCAGGCUUUAAUUCAGUCGAACAUCAGUUCGACGAUAAUACAUGAUUCUGACAUUCUUCCUGAUGAAGUUCAACAAGCAUCAGAACUUCUCAUUGACCCACAGAAGAUUAAAUCAAUGCAUAAAACACCUCAAGAACUCACUGAUGAAAGCAUAUUAACAAUUGUUUCAUCAAAAUUACCUGACACUGAAGUAUCCUCUACACAAUUAUCGAGUCAAGCUUCGAAGAAUGAAUCUAAGAAAUCCAAAAAAAAGCAUGAAAAAAUAAGUCAUGAAGUUGGUAAACCUUUGGAAGUUACAACCGGAAAUUUUAACCAUAUCAUGUUAACUUCAACAAAUACUACACCAUCUGAUGAACAAGCUAAACUGAUGGAAUUAGAUAUAUCAAGUUGUCAGGUUGCAUCAGAACUCUCAGAUAUUAAUCGGUCCCAUCUUACUACCGUUGAUAUCUCAUUGAAUGGAACAACAAUUACUAUACCAAAGAAGUCACCAUGUAAACAAUCUAAAAUGAAAUCAAUGUCUACUUCUUUAAAUGAUGAAAAGUUAACAAAUGAAAUUCAUAUAAAUUUACCUAAUUCUUCAUUUAUUACUGAGAAAGUUCAAUUAAGUAGUAUAAUUCCACUUAGUAAUUAUAAUUCUGACAAAAGUACUAGAAAUGAAACACAAUUCAUUCAAUCAUCAUUACAGGUAUUAAAUGAUGAAAGACAAGAACAAUCAAGGCAUAUAAUCGAUAAUUUAUUGUUCAAUAAUACAGAAUUGAACAAUAUACCAUCUAAUAAUAACAAUAGACCAAUAGUGAAUUCAAAGAAGAAACAGAAAGAAACAACGAAGCCAAUUAAAGACAGAAUAGAUGAUUUUAAGAAGGAUAAAGUUGUCAAAGAACACUUAUCACCUGAUGUCAGUCUAAGAACAUUAAUCAAUAAAACUGAAAGUUCAUUACUAUUAGCAUCAUCCUCUAAUAAAUCGAUAAAUCAAGCAUCUCAAAACUUCAAUAAACAAGAAAGUAACAAAAAGAAUAAAAAGAAUAAAUUAUCAUUAUGUAAUGAUGACGACAACUUUAUAUCAUUAGAAUCUAGUGUUUUGAACAUAAUGAAAACUCAUCAGUCUUCUAUCAAUCCUCAACAAGAGAAUAAAAUAUCCAAUAAAAUUAUUUAUCCUCAAAUGAAUCAAAAAUGUUCUACAAGUAAAAAAAAAUUAUCAUUACCUAAAUUAAAAAAAAUUAAAAAUAAGAAUAAAUUGAAUAGUAUUGACCAAACUCAUCAAUAUGUAAUGAAUGAAUCAAUAAUGGAACAAUCAAAGAUAAUUAAUACUGAUAUGAAAGAAUCUCAAGAGAAUCUUAGAAAACGUCGUUUCCCGAAAUCUUUUAUGACACAAGUAGAUCCAAAGUACAAUCGUUCUGUUCGUAUAGCUGCUAAAAGACGAAAAGUGAAUUCAGAUGAAAAACAAAUGAAUCAUCAUCAUCACAACCAACAGAACAGAGAAAGCGAACUGUUAAACGAAGAUAUAAUCGAAUGCUGAAACGAUGGCGUAUACGAUCAAGUUUAAGUGAUAGUGGGGUUAUUGUUAUUCUAUUAGCUGGACGACAUCGUGGUAAACGUGUGGUAUGCUUAGGUAGACAAAAAUCAUCUGGUUUAUUACUUGUUACUGGGCCAUAUUGUUACAAUGGUUGUCCGUUACGUCGUGUUCAUCCAGAUUAUGUGAUUGCAACCAAAACAAAAAUUGAUUUGAGUGAAUUAUCCCUUCCUAAACGAAUUCAUGGAAAAGAUUACUUUCGUAGAUCUACAUCAAUAAAAUCACAUAAAUUUGAUAGGGAAAAACACUUUAAAGAUAUACUUGAACAAGGGGAUAAAAAUCAUACACCUAUCUAUACACCAAGUAAUGAAAAGAAAUCAGAUCAAAUUUAUAUAGAUGAUGAGGUUAAGAAAGCAAUUAAAUUGCAUACAGAUUCUAAAAUAUUAAUUGCUUACUUGAAAUCUUUAUUCUCUAUUGGAAAGUAUGAUAGACCGCAUGAAAUGUUUUUCUAGGAAAGUGUUAGCGCAUAAACACACACACACAUAUACAACUGAACUUUACAUUCAUGGAUACUAUUCAAGUGAUCCAUCAUUACUUGAAUUAGAUUUUGAGCUAUACAAACAGCUCAGCUACAAUAUACACUGUCGAUGAUAAUAUAAAGCAUUUCAAUCGAACAGUUCAUUCAUCAUUCAGUAUAUACUUUAUUGUAUGCUUCCUUUUUCCAUUAUCUGUAUUGUGUGUAUACAUUGAAUGUGUUUUUGUCUUCCAUUCCUUCUAAUGUUUUGUCCAUUGGGAUGUGUGUCAGUUUAUUUUUUUUUUCCUGCUUCACCUCUUCAAAAAUGAAUAAAUUUAUAUUCUAGAUUGGAA